UCUCGCCAGGCCCAACGAAACAAAGGCCAAGACGUUUGUUUCUGCGCCUCCCCGACGAAGACCCGUGCUGGUAUAAGUAGUUGGCCGGGGCCGGAGCUGGACGGAGACCAAAUCGACGACAACCACCAGCUGCAGCCAUGGCGACGCAGGCCGCCUUCGUCGUCAAAUUCCCGCAGCAGCAGCUGGCGCGGCCUGGCCGGGUCCAUGGCCGGCCGGUGCCGCCGGCGCGGGUCGGGAUUGCGGUGCGCAGGGGAUCGCCCGGCAACAGUGCCGUCGCCGUCGCGGCGUCGCCGGCGGCGCCCCGCGGCGUGCGGUGCCGCGCCGGCGGCCUGAUCGAGCCCGACGGGGGCACGCUGGUGGAGCUGGUGGCGCCCGAGGAGGGCGGCCGGCGCGCGGCGCUGCGGCGCGAGGCGGCGGCGCUGCCGCACCGGGUGCGCCUCGGCCGCGUCGACACCGAGUGGGUGCACGUGCUCAGCGAGGGCUGGGCGUCCCCGCUGCGGGGCUUCAUGCGCGAGACCGAGUUCCUCCAAGCACUUCAUUUCAACGCCGUCCGCGGCGGCGACGGCGCCAUGGUCAACAUGUCCGUGCCCAUCGUCCUCGCCGUCGACGACGCGCAGCGCCGCGCCAUCCUGGCGUCCGGCGCCACCAGCGUCGCGCUCGUCGACGACCACGACCGCCCCGUCGCUGUCCUCAGCGAUAUUGAGAUAUACAAGCAUAACAAGGAAGAAAGAAUUGCACGGACUUGGGGAACAACUGCACCGGGACUGCCGUAUGUAGAGGAGGCGAUCACAAAUGCUGGUGAUUGGUUGAUUGGUGGAGAUUUGGAGGUCAUUGAACCAAUCAAGUAUAAUGAUGGUCUUGAUCAGUAUCGCCUGUCUCCAGCACAGCUACGUGAAGAAUUUGCCAGGCGCAAUGCUGAUGCAGUAUUUGCUUUUCAACUCCGUAACCCUGUGCACAAUGGGCAUGCUUUGCUCAUGACUGAUACACGCAGGCGCCUUCUUGAUAUGGGCUACAAAAACCCUGUUCUUCUUCUCCAUCCAUUGGGAGGCUUCACAAAAGCUGACGAUGUGCCUCUUAGUGUGAGAAUGAAGCAGCAUGAGAAGGUUCUUGAGGAAGGUGUCCUAAACCCAGAAUCAACUGUGGUUGCAAUCUUCCCAUCUCCAAUGCAUUAUGCUGGGCCAACUGAGGUGCAAUGGCAUGCCAAGGCUCGUAUCAAUGCUGGUGCAAACUUCUAUAUUGUUGGAAGAGAUCCUGCUGGUAUGGGUCACCCAAUGGAAAAGAGGGACCUUUAUGAUGCUGAUCAUGGGAAAAAAGUAUUGAGUAUGGCUCCUGGGCUUGAGAGGCUGAAUAUUCUUCCUUUCAAGGUGGCUGCAUAUGACAGAAAAUACAACAAAAUGAAUUUCUUCGACCCAUCAAGGAAAGAAGACUUCCUGUUCAUCUCUGGCACAAAGAUGCGUGGUCUUGCCAAGAACCGUGAGAGUCCACCAGAUGGUUUUAUGUGCCCAGGUGGCUGGAAAGUCCUCGUCGAGUACUACGACAGCUUGACCCCACCAGAAGGCAGCCCCAAACUGCGAGAGGCAGUUGCGGCGUAGAAGCUGAAAGAUGCUUCAGAUAAUGAAUAUGUGUGUUCCUGGUAUUAUGUACGGUUCUUUGCGACUAAGAACCGAUGUUAUAUGGCGGUAUACAUAUAUUGGUGGUAGGACUUGACAUUUGGGCAUGAUUCCCAACUGUCCCUUGUGGUUUGUACUGCAUACUAUCUGCUAGCAGUGUUGUCCCCUGGAGCCCAUCAUGUGCUUGUGGUGCCAAUAAGGAUGGGUUUUGUAUCCUCUUGCCAGAUUUGUACAUAACUACAUAUAAAGUAUGGGUGGUAUUUUAUCUA